AUGAGUGACGUCGGAGCCACUUCAGCUGAAGAAUUAGCAGAAAAAUAUCAAAAAUUAUUUCAAGAAUUCUCAAGAUUAAAUCCUAGUUGGUUAGUUGGAGUUGGUUCAUCGAAGAAAGCACUUGAAAAGUCAAAAGUUACUUUAGAAGUUACCAAAAAGUUACAUAAAGAACUUUAUGAAGUCAAUGGCGUAUACGCUCAACAUGUGGCGGAUCUUAAAGCAAAGAUAGCAGAUUUAGAGAAAAAGACAGGAGAACUUCAGGAAUUGACAAGAUCACAUCAGGCUAGUGAAGAAGCAUUGCGUACAAUAAAUCAAGAAAAAAAUGAACUUGAUAAUGAACUUGUGGAAACACGAGAAGAACUUCGAAGUACACAAAAUCUUAUAGAACAACACGAACAGAAAUUGAAAGAAGGUGAUGAUGUGUUACGUAACGAAAUAGAUGCACUUAGAGAAACAUUAUCAAUAAACUUGGGUCUCGGUGAAAAUCAAAAUGAUCAAUUUAAUGCAUUGAAAGAUAAAAUUGAUCCUGAAUCGAAUGAACUUAUCGAAAGUUUCAGACAUUUACAAUCAAGUGCCAGAGAAUAUUUGAAUUCAUUAAAAGAAAAUUCUGGAUCAUAUGAAUUAGGUUUAAAGGUUAAAAAUGCGAGUCAAGUUUGGCACCAAAAUUUACAAAAGUUGGCUAUAAAUUUAUCAAAUGCUCAAACGGAGAAAGAAAAACUUAUUAAAGCAAAUGAAAAUGAUUCGACUAAAGUAGAGACAUUAGAAAAGGAAAUUAUUCGAUUAAAGGAAGAAUUAGAAAAUCAAAAGGCAACAGCCAAUAGCCUUGUGGGAAAAAGUGGUGCCUUUACAAAAAUGGAGGAAUGUUUUGAUAAUGAUGAUGAUCCGCCGUUAUUAUCUGGAAUAUUUGUUUAUCCCAUUGGUACGGUUAAAAGUACUAAUAUUGAAUCAUCUGGUCAAUCGACUAAAGAACUUUCGCUUUUAUCAACUGUUGGUACACAAACAUCCGUAUUUCGUAAUGGUAUUUCAUUGGAUCAUAAUAUAGGGCGGUCUGCUAAAUCCGAAGAUGCCGCCAAUCGAGAACAGCUUAUCAAAAAACAUUAUGAAGCAAAGAUAGCACAAUUACAAGAAAUGAUACAAUUAUCCGAUAGUAAAUCGUUACGAUUAUAUCAAUCUUUGAAACUCAUGAAAGAGAAAUUAACUGAAUCAGAAAAUGCAAAAUCGCGAACGGAACAAGAAAAUCAGAAAUUACAACAUGAAAUAUCUAUAAUGAAG